AUGGGCGACCCGGCCUGGCAGGGGGGAGGGGGGGAGGGAGCGAGCGAUGGCGGUCCGCUUUCUGCUGAGAACGUUCGGUGGCGCCAUUGGGCACAGCUCAGAGGCCGUGGCCCUCGGGGGCGGUGCUGCACUCGCCUCGCUGAAACGCUCGUGACUGCAGCCGAGCUCGCCGUGUUCGACGUUGGAAACUUGGCUCGGGGCCCAGUCGAGUCGAGUCGAGUCGAGUCGAGUCGUCGAGGGAAGAUAAUAUGCUAA